AUGGAUCAACGUAAACGACGUCCCGCCAACGUCUUUGGUGACGAAGACGAACAAAUGGUAAAAGCUGAAUCAGACAGCAAAAAAAUUAAAAAUGUUAGCGUGGGAGUUCCCAGUUUUAUUCCUACACCAACCGAUCCUUCUACUGUACAAAAUGCGGCGCCUCGGCCAGAUCAAAUUAAAGCUAUGAUUGCACAAAAACGAGCUCAAUUAGAGGCCAUGGCCGCAAAUUUCAAACCACCUCAGCCAAAGACUACAUUGCCUGUACAACCUCCGGUAGUUUCAAACCUUCCUUUUCAACCUAGCUUGGUUGCGUCUGGAAUUGAUCCUGAUCUUAGACGCAAAAUUCAAGAGGCUAAAGAGAAAAUCAAAGUGAACUUGGCUAAAGCCAACCCUUAUUUGCCAUCAACUAAUCCAUUAGUAAAAUUGGGGGAUGAUUCUAUAAAAGCAAAGGGUGGACUCAAAGUCGAAUCACACCCUGCGCUUCUUUUAGAUCAAAGUGGAAAGCUAGAUUUGAAACGAGCUGCAGCGUUGAUGCCCAAGCCCAAUUUUGCUACUGUGAAGGCAAACCAAAGGCUUGCACCCGCUAUAUCGAGACAAGAAGCUAAAGCGUUGGCUCCUUCUGAAGAAUUGGAUGAUAUUACACAGAAUCCUUAUUACGAUCCGAGGGCUGGAGCGGCUGCACCUCAAAGACGUGUCCGUAAAAAAUUUAAAUUUGUUCAGCCGGGCAAAUAUGAAGCAUUAGGAAAUCACAUGAGAGCACAGGCCAAAUUGGAAAAGUUGAAAGAAGAAAUUGCUGAAAGUGUCAAGAAAGCUGGGAUGGAAGCAGAAAUAGACUCAACUGAUAAAGCAAUUAAGAGAGAUCCGCCGCCUGUAAUAGAAUGGUGGGAUUUACCUUUCUUGUUAAAUAAAUCUUACGAUGAUAUCGAUGCUGGUUUAACCAAAAUCGAUGAUGAAGAUUCUCUUGCUACUUGGUUUGUUCAGCAUCCAGUACCAAUUAGGCCUCCAGGAGACAAUGGUCCUCCUCCACCAAAACCGUUGAUUUUGACUAAAAGGGAACAAAAGAAGUUGCGUAAACAACGGCGGUUAGAGUUGCAAAAAGAAAAACAAGACAAAAUUCGCUUGGGAUUACUACCUCCUGAUCUCCCUAAAGUCAAAUUGAGUAAUUUGAUGAGAGUCCUUACGAACGAUGCCGUUCAAGAUCCGACCAAAAUCGAGGCUCAAAUGAAGUUUAAAGUUGACAUGAAUGCUCAGCAGCUCGGACUUUCAGGCACAGUCAUAAUCAAUCCUAAUUUUACUGUAGUGAUUGUUGAAGGAGGACCUAAAGCUAUUAAAUAUUAUAAGAAAUUGAUGUUACGACGUAUUGACUGGUCUGAUACUACACGAAUAGGAGAAGGCAGCAGUGAACAACCUGUGGAUGAACCUAUGGAACCUCCUAAGGAAAAUAAAUGUUCACUGAUUUGGGAAGGAGAAGUAAAGGAUCACGGGUUUAAAGGAUUUUGGUUUAAGACAUGUCCAACAGAGAAAAUGGCCCGCGAUUACUUAAGAAAGCAUAAGAGUGAGCAUUAUUGGGAUUUGGCGUGCAAAUAUGUUGAUGAUGGAUUUGAUAAUCCUGCUAUCGUAGGUUUUUAA